CCAUCAAAACGGCAGCCACAAUUUCCAGCGCAGGAUUAGGAGGAGACGUCGCCGCGUACGCUGAUCUCCACCAGCACUCGCACUCGCACUCGCAUCCGCACUCGCAUCAUCCGCAUCCGCACUCGCAUCCGCAUCCGUUCGCCACCGACGGCUUCAAGCUGCGUUCCGAGGAGCCGGUGCCGGGCUUCAGCUCGGCCUCCCCCUGGCCCACUUUGGAGCUCGGGAUGGAGUGGGGCCGCAAGCUGUACCCCAGCGCCGUUUCCGGUCCGCGAUCGGCCGGCGGCCUAAUGUUCGGCCUCCCGCCCACCGCCGCCGUCGACAUGAACCAGCCGCGGGGUCCGAUGACCUCGCUUAAGGAGGAGCCGCUGGGCAGCCGGUGGGCCAUGCAGCCAGUCGUCGAUCAGAGCAACCUGGGCAUUGGCCGCGCCCACUUUGAGAAGCAGCCGCCGAGCAAUUUGCGCAAGUCGAACUUCUUCCACUUCGUGAUCGCCUUAUAUGACCGCGCUGGCCAGCCCAUCGAGAUCGAGCGCACGGCCUUCAUCGGGUUCAUCGAGAAGGACUCGGAGUCGGAUGCCACCAAGACCAACAAUGGCAUCCAGUACAGGCUGCAGCUGCUCUAUGCAAAUGGAGCUCGCCAGGAGCAGGACAUCUUUGUUCGCCUCAUCGAUUCGGUGACCAAGCAGGCCAUCAUCUAUGAGGGUCAGGACAAGAAUCCCGAGAUGUGUCGCGUGCUUUUAACGCACGAGGUGAUGUGCAGCCGCUGUUGUGAUAAGAAGAGCUGUGGUAACCGCAACGAGACGCCAUCGGACCCCGUCAUUAUUGAUCGAUUCUUCCUUAAGUUCUUCUUGAAGUGCAAUCAAAACUGUCUGAAGAAUGCCGGCAACCCGCGGGACAUGCGCCGAUUUCAGGUGGUAAUAUCCACGCAGGUGGCCGUGGACGGACCACUCUUGGCCAUCUCCGACAACAUGUUCGUGCACAACAACUCGAAGCACGGACGGAGGGCCAAGCGACUGGACACCACGGAAGGUACAGGCAACACAUCCCUGUCCAUUUCCGGUCACCCCCUAGCGCCCGACAGUACCUACGAUGGACUAUAUCCUCCACUGCCGGUGGCCACGCCCUGCAUCAAGGCGAUCUCGCCCAGCGAAGGCUGGACAACAGGUGGCGCCACCGUGAUCAUUGUGGGCGACAACUUCUUCGACGGACUGCAAGUGGUCUUCGGCACAAUGCUGGUGUGGAGCGAGCUGAUCACCUCGCACGCGAUCCGGGUGCAAACGCCACCGAGACACAUUCCCGGCGUGGUGGAGGUGACGCUGUCCUACAAGAGCAAACAGUUCUGCAAGGGAUCGCCCGGCCGCUUCGUCUAUGUCUCAGCUCUCAACGAACCCACAAUCGACUACGGUUUCCAGCGCCUGCAGAAGCUCAUUCCCCGCCAUCCCGGCGAUCCGGAGAAGCUGCAAAAGGAGAUCAUCCUCAAAAGGGCUGCCGAUUUGGUUGAAGCACUAUACUCCAUGCCCAGCAGAUCACCGGGCGGAUCGACGGGCUUUAACUCCUAUGCCGGCCAACUGGCGGUCAGUGUGCAGGAUGGAUCCGGUCAGUGGACCGAGGACGACUACCAGCGGGCCCAGUCGAGCAGCGUGAGUCCGCGCGGUGGCUACUGCAGCAGUGCCUCCACGCCGCACAGCUCGGGCGGAUCCUACGGUGCCACGGCGGCCAGUGCAGCGGUGGCAGCCACGGCGAAUGGCUAUGCACCUGCUCCCAACAUGGGAACACUCUCCUCGUCACCCGGCAGCGUCUUCAACUCAACGUCAAUGUCCGCCGUGUCGUCGACGUGGCAUCAGGCGUUCGUGCAGCACCACCACGCGGCGACGGCCCACCCGCACCCGCACCACCACUACCCACAUCCCCACCAGCCGUGGCACAAUCCGGCCGUGUCAGCAGCCACGGCGGCGGCCGUUUAAGCGGAGUCGCCUCCCGGAGUCCGAGAGCCAGCCAGUCGGACGGAGGAGCUGAUCGGAGGACGAGGACGAACCAGGAUGAGCUGGACUUUCGGGGGCAGCGUAGCGACAUUUUGUUGAAAUUAAAUGCCACCACCCACCACCUAACCACCCACUCAAAAAAGGUCACACACGACCAGACACCAUCUAUCAAUCGACAAGGACGCCCACAAAUGGCGAGUGGGUGGCAGUGUCGACGGGGCUGCAAAAGCAAAUCUGAGCAUUCUAAACACACUUCCACCAUCAACAAACACCACAGAAAACACACGAUUAACGGGGUCAGCAGUCUAAGUUUCAAUCCCUUCGCCCUGCCCACCUGCAACACACAGGGCUAUAGCACCCAACUAGUGACGUCAACCAAAUAAUAUUACUACUAAAUGAGGCUAUUGGCAGGCCCCAAAUCCUCACUCCCGGAGUAGCAGACACCACGCCAAACACAAGAAGCUCGAAAGUGCAAUAAACAAAAAGAAAAUGGUUCCAAAAUUCAAAAACCUAUUGAUCUAGUUGUACAUGUUUUGAUUGAAUCCCGUUUUUAACUUAUUUUUGAAUACGACUCGGUAAUAGAUUUAUACAAAUACGCAUAGAAUACCAUAUCAAAGUAAAGAAUAAAACAUAUGAAAAGGGAACGCAUAUCAUGCGAGGGGCUCAAGAUCCCACAAGAUCUGGCAGAUAGAAUUCUAAAAUAGCUUGAAUAAAAACAUUUUGUAAAUAUUUAUCCCCAAAUAAAUAAUAUUAACAAAUAAUCGGAACUGUGAAUAGAGGAAAUUAUACCAAUUUAUAUACCCAUGAUCAGUAACAAAAAAUACGAAUCCAGAUAUACCAAAACAGAUAAAAUUUGAACGAACUUUUGGACAUAACUCAAUGCUUGUAUACGACACUUUCUUGUAUUAAUAUUGAAAAAAAAAAAAACAAAACAAAAGAAUGGGAAUAGACUCUACCAAUGGAGACAACCGAAAUCAAAAUGUUAUAUACCUACAUAGAUAUACAAGCCACAUUUGCGGUGACAUUUGCACCAUAUCUAAGCGUAAUAUCACAACAAAUUUAUACCAAACUUUUGGCAAACAUAUCGUGCACUUAGUCCUAAAUAUCCACAUCACGCGAACCCAGACACAUCACAUACUCGAACAUAAUUGUAUAAUGCCCAUCAUAUCCACAAUUCGAAAUUCAUUUUGAGCGAGCCACUCUCUACCAACACCAAAUCAUCAUAAGAUAUACAUUUCGCUAUUCAAGUCAGAGUGUUUGAUAAACUACCGAUUUGUUGACUAGAAUCUAAGCUAAGCAUACGCAUGCAAAAUAAAUCUGGGGGUGCAUAUACUAUAUAUAUAGGCAUAAGUUUAUUGUUUAUUGAUCGAUUUGUAGGAGUUUUACUGUAAUUUGUAUUCGUAUUGUAUGAUAAUGUAUGCUUGCACUCCUAGAUCUACAAAUUAACGAACAGAAAUGGUUAGUUUCCCCAGUGGGGAGCUCAGCCAAUAAAAUAGUGGAGCAUAUCCUUAAGAACCGCAUAAACAGCAGAACUUAGCCGCAAAAUCGAUUUGUAAAUUACAAUACAAUAAUUUAUAAUAAUCUAGCAACGCUCUCUGUUUUGUAAAUCUUAACAAGUUAUUUAAAUAAAAUUUAUUUAAAAUAAACGGCAUACA